AUGGAAUCUGUCAUUAUGUCCCAAGUGUUCACCCAGACGGCUCAGCCCCGUCGAGGCGGAGGAACUGAAAAGUUCGUGGACGCACUCAUCAAAUUUCGUCUGAAGCACACAGACUCGAUGGGCGAAAUAUCAGAAAGUUCCAAAAAAGCUGUUAUAACGAACCUGCAACUGCUGAACAAUGAUAGCAAAUGGGUAGGGAAUCUUCUGUUCCUCUGAUUCUACUUUAGUUUCUUCCGAUCCAUCCCGAAUCACUUUCAGCAAGCCCUCGGUCGUCUGCUCAUUCAAAUGUGCUCCGAAGACCGCGGAGGCCGUCUCUUCGAGUUCACCCACUCGAUUUUAUCGCUCACACCCAUCCUUCCCGAUUCUUCCGAACUCGAACAGCUCGUUCUGAAAACUAUGAAAUUUUUGUUCGACGUCCUCACGAAAGCCGACAUUUCCGUGCCUAAUUUCUUCGGAAUGUAUAAUGAUUUAAUGGUUUAUCUGGAGAAAUUGUCGAAUGACGGACUGCUGAUGCUUGUGGAGCACAUUACGAAGGAGCUCGAAACGGGAAAAGAGCCGGAAGAUCAAGGCGGAGAGAACACGGAAAACGCUGAAAAGCCGCUCAAAAUGAAAAGACAUUUCAAUCAGAGAUGGAAGGAUUUUGUGACGGUGCUCAUAACAAAGAUCAGGGAUUGCCAGCAAAUCGAGUAUCAAAAGGAUCUGCAGUCGGGGACGGAAGUGGCCGAUAAGAUCCUCCUGCAGUGGUUCGGCAUCACCGAAGACGUCGACGCGUUCGAACUUCUCGCCGACGUGGCCAAUUCAUUCGGAAAUACCGCUCCGAGCAUCGAAAAGUUCUGUGAAGAGGUGAUUGCACAGGAAAUUGGAGUGGAUUCCAGUGCAGAGGACGUUGAAUCGGAGAGAAAGCGAAGAGGAAUUAUGACGUGGAAAUCUAUGGUUUUGACGACGAAAACGGAAAAAGAAAGGAUGGGAAGAUUGUGGAAUGGAGUAGUCAGUGCGUGGGAAAUCGGAGAGGAAGACGAGAAAGAGAAGAGGGAAACGAGAAAGAUUUCUGAGCACUUGGAAAAGUGUGUCGUCGUCGGAAACCGAGUUUUAAAUGGAAACGUGGAGACUGCCAAAAAGUUCCUUUCCUGCAUUCGGGUAAAUAUAAACUGUUAUGUUUAUUUGGUAUUUGAGCAGUUUUUCAUUACAGACUGAAAAGUACAGCGUUCUAAGCAGUGAAUUAGGAUUGAUUCUGGCAUUGGUUCAGUGCAGUUUGAACAGAAACGAUGUGAGUGGGAUAAGUUACGAAAGAAAAGGAACUUGUUACGUUUAGGCUGCAAUUGACAUGAAGAAGACGCUACAAAAGCUGUGGAGAAUCGGAGAGCAAUCGGAAGAAUGCGUGUGGAUGUCGGACGUCGCCUGCGGGCGUCUUCUUCGUGUUGUCGAGCUGCAACUCACGAUUCUCUCCGAAAGCCUCCAGACGAAUGAGAAUCUGCGUCGUCUCCUGAGCCGCCCCCUCUACUCUCUGAUGCUCUCCCUUCUAGACACCCCCGCCUAUCAGAAGCAAGUGGUUAUUGUGGACGGAAAAGUGGCCGAUGGAUGCGCUCUUUGGUUGCUCAGCAGGGACAUUCUAACCAAUAUCUCAUACGCUCAGACCGACAUGGCCGUACAACUCACUCUCCUUUUCCAAGCAAUCGCUUCUUCUUCCAACAAUCCCUCGGCGCUGAUCCUCAUCGAUGUGCUCCGCGAGCUCGUUAAAAAGUGCUCCAUUGAGAUCUUGAAUAAUUCGAAGCUUAUUGAUGGUCUAUUUGAUUACGUCUGUCGAAUGCGUCGAGACAUUUCCGUUUCUCUCAUUCGCUGUCUCAUUCCGAUCAUCAACACGAGACCUCAACUGAGAACGUCUCUGUUCAAAAGUCUGAAGAAGGAUCUCUUGUGCGAAACGACAGUGUGCUCGGCCGUUCCUAUCGUGCUAAUGCUUCUCCGAUCUGUCAGCAAACGCAGGGAGGACGGGGGAGGUGGUCAGUUCGAUCAUUCGAUGUCUCAGUCGUUCGGCAGCUUCAGUACUCAGACACUCAACAAUAUGGGAUGUAAGAAGAAUGUGGAUCGAGCAGUCGGUCUCGAGUUGAUAGGAAUCGUGAGCAGGUGUCUUUGGCAGCCAGCCACCACCAAAAUCGCUCUUUACGAUGGAAUUUGCGAACUGGCCACUCAGACAACAACGAUGCUCAAUCAGUUCCUGGAUAUGAUUGUUUUGCACGCAAAAACGGCGCCGGAAUGGAAAAAGAGCGAAAUGACGACGAGCAGCGGAUCCAUCGUGCAACUCGUUGAGCCAAUGCCUCAUCUUAUUCAAACUGUUGAGUGCCUCAUCAGCGAACUGUCCUCAUUCGAUCCGGAAUUCCGAUUAGAAGGCACUCAACUGCUUCUGAAGCAAGCGACCGCCCAAAUGGAGGAUUGGGUGGCCGUUGCGAUGCGGAGUGAUGUUCUCGAUUUGGGAUUGGAUCGCAAUGCGGAAUGGACGACCGGGACUGUGAAUGGGAAGUCAGCUCUGCUCUUUGCUCGAAUGAUGCUAAGCACUUACGACGUUCUCAUUGAGCACAUGUGGAGAAGAGUGGAAGCGGUGGAAUCAAGAGAGGAUUCAGAUAAACUGGUGGCCCUACUAAACAGAAGGAAAGAAUUGGAGAAGGUGUUCAAGGAAAAAACAACGACGAAAAAAGACAAAGAGCAGGAGAAGGAGAAAGAAAAGGAGGAUAAGGUGCCACUCGAUAUAUCACAAACCGAGAUUCUGACAAGUGCCAAGACGCUGGCCUCGAUAAUGAAGAAGCUGAUGGAAGUGAAAGAAAGCGAUGUGAACAACACGACGAUCAAUGUACGGCCGGAUAUCGCCCCGGAUGUGCAGAACGCGUUGAUCGGAUGGGCAGUAGGAAGAGCAAAGCUUCUGUCGACUGCGCUGAUCCGAGAAUACCGUCCACUUCAUUCGAUCCUCUCUGGAACCAGCAGCCUGAUAUCUCUUUCGAAGUGACUCGAUCGAAAGAAGAAUUCUCUUUUUAUUUGGGUUUUUUAUAGAUGUCUAUUCGAUUUCUACGUCGGAAAUGAUUGUCCCCAGUGGAUUUCUGACAUAGAAACGGGCAGUCCGAUCAAAACUUUGGCGAUAGAGAGUUAUGCGAACAUACUCCAUUUGCUGACCGUCAAAUACAAGCAGACACCGUCCCGAGUGACGGCGAUGUGGUUUGAGGAGAAGGAAGGAGAGGACGAAGCGACAAAGAAGAAAAGACAAGAACCGAACAUUCUGGCGGUGGGAUCGAUCAACUGAUUCAUUAUCUAUUUCAUUUAAUUUCAGCUCCGUCAAGCACACUUCCUUUCGUGUCGUCUCUUCCGUCAAGUUGUAGAUGUCGAAAACGAAGAUGUUGAGGACGAUAAAAGGCCGAAAAUCCAGUAUGAAUUACAAGGAAAAGCCAUUCUGAAGGCCUCUUCGGCCGUGCUGAGCAUGACGAAAAACGUGAAAGUGUGGUCGAAUCUGUUUGCUCGAGUGACCAAAGUGCUCCAAGAGGAGACGUUCUACAAUAAUCAGAUGCUCAGAGAUUUCUGCAAAUUCGUGACCGUCUGCGGACUGCGUUGUGCCGAUUCGGAAAAGGAAACGACGAAAGAAAUGAAUGCGAUCAUGGAGAAUCUGCUCGAGUUUUUGAGCGAGGAAGCCGACGAACUACAAUAUCGUUUCCUUUCGAAGACCUCUUUGAACACCGCCAUUGAGUUCCAGUUCAGUUUUGUCGAAAAGACAUUGGCACUGAUCAGAGAAGCCGCCGGAUUCAUGAAGGACUUUUUCGUUAAACCUCCCAUUUGUAAGCCAUCUGCGUUACCUGAUAACUAAAAGAAUAUGUCAUUUCAGUCGAUGGCAUGCUUGCUGGUCUUUUCAAAAAGUGCAUGGAAGUGACUGAGCUUGUCUCGCGAGUGCUCCAAAUAUUCGUCCAGUACAAAUUGAUGCAGGAGAGAGUGACGGAAAUAAUGACAAAUUACUUCUCAACAAUUCAGAUGUGUGUCCUGUUGGUAUGAUUAUUCCAAACAUUCUCAUCCCGAAUGAUUACGUUUUCAGUUGCACAAUUUGACGAAGGGAUGGGGUCGGGAGAUGUCCGAUUGGGAAAGUGUCGGGGCCCUUGCUACUCUCGUCAAAACGAAGCUGACUCCGAUUCUAGCGAUGGUAGACGAUCACAUCGGAUUCUCAAAGGGAAAAGACGAGAUGAAGAAGAAGUUAUCACAAAAGACGAGAUACGCCAGAUCGAAGAGGGAUGAAAAGCUGUUCUCGAAAUUCUCGCAAGAAAGGGAAGCGGUGCAGCACGGAAUCCUCGUUUUGUGCAAACUUAUCAAAGACGACAGAUUCGACCUGCAGAUCAAGGUAAUAUUACCGCGAUUCCCUUCAAUUUUAUCAGUUUUCCCACUUCAGAACAACUCAAUUGGUUAUCGUGACUUCCGAAUUGAUAUGGAUGUGAUACGCAGUAAACUGGGCGGCGAAGAGAAUGAAAUGGUACGCGAGCCGUGAGUUCCUUUCGCACUGAGACCUCUCCGAGCACAUUAUUCCCUUUAGAGCCAGCAAACGACGUCGUAGAGAGCAAACUGGAGACGAGGUGGACGAAACGGAAGAGAACACGACGAAUAUGAGUGCGACGAAUGCUCGGAGGAGCUCUGAGGAACGAGAGGAGCCGGAGGAGGCGAGAGCCGGCGAAGCGAGUGUCGCUGCGGUACGCCUCUCUUUUUUAUGGGCUUGUUUUAUGGGCGGAGGCACUCGAGAUUGAUUGAUCGAGUCUCUCAGGCGGGAAAGUAAUUCUUCCGAAAGACAUUUACGACGUGGUCUCACAGGGCGGCAUCCCACACAUUCAAUCGCAUUCCGACUCGUGUUUUCCGAUCAUUAAAAUUGGGAGCAUGACACAGUGUAAACAUUGUUUAGUCAGUUUCUCAUUCAUCAAUUCACUUGUCCAUUCUGAUGGGUAUCUAGUAGAUUCCAUCUUAACGCUUUUGACACAAACAGAAUUUAGAUGAAUAGAACCCCCGUAAUUAGUUCUCGGUCAUUCUGCCAACAGAAUAUUAUGUGUAAAGGUCAUUUUCACGAUGAAGUCUUAGAGGGGCAAGAUAUACCGCCAAAAUGAUUGUUCCGUUAACGAUGGGAAACGGCGAGUAGGGCGUGUUUCUGACUAUUAUGACCCGUUUUCAAAUCCUUCCGUCACAUCCCAAAAUGAGUGUAUAAGUUAUAUACAGUCUAACACUUGUUUGUACGACAUCUUGUGACUGCACAAAUAUGACACCAUCUGUUGCACAUUGCCAGUCAUUACGGCUGCCUAUCUGAGUGAAAAGAUUAGCAGUUGGAUGUGUGCGGAUCUCGGCCCAUCAUUCGGAAGACUGCGGGAGACGUCCCGCCGUGAAUGACAAACCUUCCGAGUAGUAGUUGGUACGUCGCAAAGUACACCGAAUCAGAAGACAAAACAGAUUCGAUUGUAUUUGUAAUUGCCUUUUUUGUAGGUGAAGCAAGAGAUUGAAGACGAAGAAGAUGUCACGAGAGCCGAGAGCCCCGUAUUCUGA